AUGCCUACGACACAGCAGUCCCCGCAGGACGAGCAGGAGAAGCUGCUGGAUGAGGCUGUGCAGGCCGUCAAGGUGCAGUCCUUCCAGAUGAAGAGAUGCCUGGACAAGAACAAGCUCAUGGACGCCCUGAAGCACGCGUCCAACAUGCUGGGCGAGCUCCGGACCUCCAUGCUGUCGCCCAAGAGCUACUACGAGCUCUAUAUGGCCAUUUCCGACGAGCUGCACUACCUGGAGGUCUACCUGACGGACGAGUUUGCCAAAGGACGGAAGGUGGCGGACUUGUACGAGCUGGUGCAGUACGCGGGCAACAUCAUCCCGCGGCUGUACCUGCUGAUCACGGUGGGCGUGGUGUACGUCAAGUCCUUCCCUCAGUCCCGGAAGGACAUCCUGAAGGACUUGGUGGAGAUGUGCCGGGGGGUGCAGCACCCCCUGCGGGGGCUGUUCCUCCGUAACUACCUGCUGCAGUGCACCAGGAACAUCCUGCCGGACGAGGGGGAGCCCGCCGAUGAAGAGACGACGGGCGACAUCAGCGACUCCAUGGACUUCGUGCUCCUCAACUUCGCCGAGAUGAACAAGCUGUGGGUGCGCAUGCAGCACCAGGGCCACAGCCGCGACCGGGAGAAGCGGGAGCGGGAGCGGCAGGAGCUGCGCAUCCUGGUGGGCACCAACCUGGUGCGGCUGAGCCAGCUGGAGGGCGUCAACGUGGAGCGCUACAAGCAGAUCGUCUUGACCGGCAUAUUGGAGCAGGUCGUGAACUGUCGGGAUGCUUUGGCUCAAGAAUACCUCAUGGAGUGUAUUAUCCAGGUUUUCCCCGACGAGUUCCACCUGCAGACCCUGAACCCUUUCCUCCGGGCCUGCGCCGAGCUGCACCAGAACGUGAACGUGAAGAACAUCAUCAUCGCGCUGAUCGACAGGUUGGCGCUGUUCGCGCACCGUGAGGAUGGGCCCGGCAUCCCCGCCGACAUCAAGCUCUUCGACAUCUUCUCCCAGCAGGUGGCCACCGUGAUCCAGUCCAGACAGGACAUGCCCUCGGAGGACGUUGUGUCGCUACAAGUGUCGCUCAUCAACCUGGCGAUGAAGUGCUACCCGGACCGUGUGGACUACGUGGACAAGGUGCUGGAGACCACGGUGGAGAUCUUCAACAAGCUCAACCUGGAGCACAUUGCCACCAGCAGCGCCGUCUCCAAGGAGCUCACCAGGCUCCUGAAGAUCCCCGUGGACGCCUACAACAACGUGCUGACGGUGCUGAAGCUGAGGCACUUCCACCCGCUCUUCGAGUACUUCGACUACGAGUCCCGCAAGAGCAUGAGCUGCUACGUGCUCAGCAACGUGCUGGACUGCAGCACCGAGAUCGUCUCCCAGGACCAGGUGGACGCCAUAAUGAACCUCGUCUCCACGCUGAUCCAGGACCAGCCCGAUCAGCCCGCGGAGGACCCUGACCCCGAGGACUUUGCCGACGAGCAGAGCCUCGUGGGCAGGUUCAUCCACCUCCUGCGGUCCGAGGACCCCGACCAGCAGUACCUGAUUUUAAACACGGCACGGAAACACUUCGGAGCUGGUGGGAACCAGCGGAUCCGCUUCACGCUGCCGCCCCUGGUGUUCGCCGCCUACCAGCUGGCCUUCCGCUACAAGCAGAACUCCAAAGUGGACGACAAGUGGGAGAAGAAGUGCCAGAAGAUCUUCUCCUUCGCCCACCAGACCAUCAGCGCGCUGAUCAAGGCCGAGCUGGCGGAGCUGCCGCUGCGGCUGUUCCUGCAGGGCGCCCUGGCGGCCGGCGAGAUCGGCUUUGAGAACCACGAGACAGUCGCGUAUGAGUUCAUGUCCCAGGCGUUCUCCCUGUACGAGGACGAGAUCAGUGACUCCAAGGCCCAGCUGGCGGCCAUCACGCUGAUCAUCGGCACGUUCGAGAGGAUGAAGUGCUUCGGCGAGGAGAACCACGAGCCGCUGAGGACGCAGUGCGCGCUCGCCGCCUCCAAGCUCCUGAAGAAGCCGGACCAGGGCCGCGCCGUGAGCACCUGCGCCCACCUCUUCUGGCCGGGCAGGAACACCGACAAGAACGGGGAGGAGCUGCACGGCGGCAAGAGGGUCAUGGAGUGCCUGAAGAAAGCCCUGAAGAUCGCCAACCAGUGCAUGGACCCCUCGCUGCAGGUGCAGCUCUUCAUAGAGAUCCUCAACAGAUACAUCUACUUCUACGAGAAGGAGAACGACGCGGUCACAAUUCAGGUUUUGAACCAGCUUAUCCAGAAGAUCCGAGAGGACCUCCCCAACCUGGAGUCCAGCGAGGAGACGGAGCAGAUCAACAAGCACUUCCACAACACGCUGGAGCACCUGCGCCUGCGGAGGGAGUCCCCGGAGUCCGAGGGGCCCAUCUACGAGGGCCUCGUCCUGUGA